AUGGACAAAUCAAGGCAGAAUAAGCAUCAAGUGCCUGCCGGACUGUACGAGAGCGUGCGUAAGAAGAAGACGAAGCAGCUUCGUGGCGUCGCUCUCGCUAAUAAAUUGAGAAAAGAGCAACGUGAUGAAGCGAAGAAGAGUGAUGCGACUUCUUCGACUUCUCGCGGCUCUAACUCAAUUCUGCCACCGGUGGACGUUGAAAAGACUGCACAAAAGGGGUCCCAAAAAAAACGCGGCAGAAAGCGUAAAGUACUUUCGGGUAUCGCGGCCCAAUAUGCAGCCAGAAAAGCGGGCACUUCUGGUAGCGAAAACGACGCGCCGCUUACUUUGUCGCAGUCCGCAAUGCCACCACCCGCAUCUACCCCAAUACCUGCUACCGCGCUUCCGGUAGAGGUUCUCGUCGAAAAUUACUUCGACGAAGUUGACGAUUUGGCGAUGGCAAAUCUACAAAUCGCCGAACGUCGCCUGCGAGUACCGCAACGGGUCACCGACAUCACUGCCGGCUAUUUAGACACCCCGUUUUACGAUCUCGCUCGAUACGAUCUGAUGGCGCAAUUCCACGAUCCGACAUCGCAGAUGAACGUAAACAGCGUAUUCGGCUACAUGAUGUACGUCGCAUACUUGGCGCAGGACGUGAUCAAGUCGGUCCUGAUUAACAUCGGGUACACGAUAGGCGUAUGGAGCAACGCGCCCGUCUCGUCGACCGUAGGCGCGUGGGGCGAUCGUCACGAGUACGAGGUACUGUUCGUCCCGAUCUACUUCCCGGGACACUUCGCGCUGGUAAUACACGAGCGAAGAGGUCGAACCGUACUUUACGACCCCCUGCCCAACAAAAAUCGUUUCGACGACGACAACGCCCGCUACAUACCCGCCAUCAAGGACGCAAUUCGCGAAUUCGAUCCGUUCUUCGCGUCCGACGACGCCAUCGACAUCGAAAUUGCCGACCCCGCAAGUUACAACGUUCAAAGAGACGGGUACAACUGCGGUUAUUACGUCUCUCUCUACGUCGAAACGUACCUCACGAACGACAAGAGGAUGCUUCUGGCAGAUUUCAAUAUCGCUACCGAACGUCAAAGGGUUAACGGUAUGCUAUUCGAACUGUGUCACGGACGAGUUCCGCAGUACGAAGCCAGACACGACGAUCCUUUCCAUCAAGUCGAAGUGGGCGACGUCGACGAGGAGAUGCCGAUCGUUCGACGCACCUCGCCCGUCGAAUCCGAUUCCGACGUUAGCAUGGCGUCUGCAUCUUCGACCGAUAGCAGACGAUCUACCCGAUCCGGUAGAAGCAAUGCCAGCUACAGCGAGAGCAGAACGACGACCAAGCGAACUUUGAAACCGUUAAAACACUGCAAGAAACGGCACGGCAAAUACGGUUGUUUCGCGAAAUGCGCCAAGCAUCGAAUCGAUUACCUCGAUUGCGGCAAAAUCGGCGACAAGGUGUGCCCGCACUGCAAGGCACUCUUAUUUGAGGACGAAAACAGCACGAUGUGCUGUAAAAAUGGCGACGUGGUCUUACCGGAAAUCCGACCGGUUCCCGAGGAAAUUCGCCAACUCACGAGCGACGCCGUGCACGGAAAACACUUCCUGCAGUACUUCCGGAUCUACAACAUGCUGCUGAGGUUCGGUAGCGUAGAGGCCGGUAGGAAGAAGGCGCCCGGAGAAGGUCCUCCCGUUCUACUCAUAAACGGCGAGAUUAAGCGAAACAUAAGUCCGUUGUUCGCUUCCGACGGUAAAACGCCGGUGCACGGUCAACUUUACAUGCUGGAUCCGAUUACGAUGCACGAGGCGGUCGCCAGGGAUCCCCUCUACUCCAAGUUCGGCAUUCGACGGGAGAUCCUCGAUAAGCUGUUCGCCGUACUCCGACGCUGUCAUCCUCUAUGCGAGGCGUUCGAAGUGAUGCACACGCUUUACGAGGAAAAACUGGCGGAAGUUCGUGAGCAGGGCUUCGAAGACGUGCAGCACGUCACGUUGGUCUUGGUGAAUCCGAAAAAGGUACCGGACACGGUGGCCGAUCCCGGCCUGCACCCGCGCACUGUCAACUUGCCGCAGGUUAACGAAUUGUGCGCGUUUUACGUUACCAACGAACGAAACGAGCCGAUUUAUCGUCACGGUACCUGGCUGAAAAAGAACAGCGGCGAAGUAAUUCUCUUGCCGCUUUACCAUCAAGCCAACGACUGCGCUCACUACGUCCUGAACUUGGCACACGGCGACCCCGGCUACCACAGCGGUAUCGCAAAACGCGCGAGUCGAAAUGCGCCCGUGCGGCGACGGGACAACGCCGCCGAACUGAACGACAUCGCCAGCCCUCCUGACGCCGUUCACGACGACGACGAGGACGAGGGCGACGACAAGCAGAACGUGUCUAUACGCGAGUUCUAUAGAUACCAUCUCGCAAUUCGCGGCGGCGAUCCCACGGCCUCCGCGCACUUUCUGUACCCGUUCGGUAGCAUCGCUCAGGAGUACAUCAUCGAUCAGAGCAUAAAAGCCGAUCAACAGGUGUAUCAGUACAUUCAAAAGAAUGCCGAAAUCUUUUGUACGACCGCACCGGAAGUUCGUCACGCGCUCGAAAGGGAGCUGCAUCGGGCGAACAACAAUAAAAAAUUGGGGAAGGUGAUACGGCUGUCUUCCAGAAUGGUCGGUUCUCCGGCAUGGUAUCAGCAAAAGUUUCACGACGCCAUGGCACUGUUUCAACGAAAGGGAAAGGCGACCUUUAUGGUUACCUCCACGGGCAACCCCUGGUGGAAAGAGGUCAGGCAGCAUUUGAUGAGAGGUCAAAAGGCUACCGAUCGUCCCGAUAUCGUUAAUCGAGUGUUUUUCGUGAAAAUCAACAAAAUGCGACACCUCAUCGAAGACAAGCACAUCUUCGGCAAAGUAAACGCGUUUACUGAAAGUCUCGAGUUUCAGAAGCGCGGCGGGCCCCACACGCAUCGUCUAAUCAGUUUAGACUGCCCGAACACGAGCGAAUACGUAGACGAGUACGUAUCCGCCGAAAUUCCGCACUUGCCCAGCGAGGACGACAAAAGCGACGAGGCGGAGGUCCAAAGAAAACUGCGAGAUUUGGUCGUGAAGUAUCAAAUUCACGAUUGCAGCAGCUUCUGUCUAAACGAAAAGGGGAAAUGCAACAAGGGCUUUCCCAAGAAGUUCUCUAGCGAGACCACGAUAUACGAAGACAGACCGGCGCUGUACAGGCGAAGAUCCCCCGACGACGGAGGCGCCGUACAUCGUACGGCGAAGGGACGCGUGAUCACCAACGCCUCGGUGGUCGCGUACAAUCCCGCUUAUCUGUUGGCGUGGGACGCGCACCACAACGUGGAGUUUUGCUACGGCACGAACGCCUGCAAGUACGCCGUCAAGUACAGCUUCAAGGUCGGCAACUACGCGUACGUCCAAAUUACCAACGCGAACGAUCCAAACGAUCCGACCGUGGAUUACGACGAAACCGAGGGCAUAAUGAAGGGAUACUAUCGUUCCGCUCCGGAAGCGCACACGUCGCUUUAUUCGUGGCGAAGGAUUCGUCUAUCGCACACGGUUUACCGUCUCGACGUACAUUUGCCCGGAGAAGGUCCCCUGUACUAUCGUCGCGGUUUCGAAGACGUACUCGCCGCCAGAGUGCUGGACAGCACCACCAGACUGUCCCGACUUGAAAUGUACAUGGCGCAGUGUUCCGAAGAACUUCGACAGGGCAUAUCCGAAAUGCGAAACGUCACCUUUCCUCAACUGCCCGAGACGCAUUGGUUCGAUCGAAGAUCCAAUCGUUGGCUGAAGAGGAAGGUUCAGCGUAAAAUUAUCGGUCGUCUGUAUCCCGUCCAGCCCGGACAACUAGAGAAGUUUGCGGUAUACCAGUUGGUAAUGUGCAAAAAGGGUCCGUUGAAUUGGGAAGAUUUACGAACUCCUCCCAACCACGCGACGCCUUGCGAGACGUUCGUCGAAUGCGCGAAGGUCAUGGGUCUUCUCGAAGACGUAGAGAUCUGGCGCAGAACGCUUUUCGAAGCGAGCAACGUCGGCAAUCCGCGAAUGAUGCGCAAUUUAUUCGCGCAAAUACUACUCUGCGGUCACGUAACCGAUCCGCUGGCGCUAUGGAACGAAUUCCUUCCGUUCAUGUACGACACCAGAAAUUUACGCGAAAACGACGAUCGCGAAAAGUCGAGAAGGAUUAACAUUGCGUUGUGUCUGUUAAAUCGUCUGUUGAGCCGUCGAUGGAAAACCAACGCCGAUUACCACAUACCGAUGCCGGUCAAUUACGAUUCCGUUUGCAACGACGAAAGAGAUUUCUUCUUCGGUCACGAUCGAGUCUUGGACGACGAAAAUCUGUUAGAUCCGACGGUAGCUCUACCGUCCGAAAACGUCGACGAGGAAGAUAUCGAAACCGAACACGUCCGCAACUACGCGAAUCUGCCGAUAUAUCAACGGCUAAACGUCGAACAAAGGCGAAUCGUCGACGCCGUCAUAACGGCCGUCCAAAUUUCUCCUUCCGUCGCCGCCGCCACCAACGUGCCGAGAUUGAUUUUCAUGAGCGGCGCGGGCGGUACGGGUAAAACGUUCGUGUACAGAACGUUGAUCGACAUUUUCGUCAAGUACAAAAGGUACGCGCUGGUAACGGCAUCGACGGGCGUCGCGGCACAAUUACUCCCAAGAGGAACGACGGUUCACAGCGCCUUCCAGUUACCGAGAGAUGUGACGUGCACCGAUUACGUUCCUCCCAUCUCCUAUAACAGCAUCGUCGCGUACCGAAUCCGAAAGGCGGAACUGCUAAUAAUCGACGAGAUCAGCAUGCUGCACAGAAACCUCUUCCGAAUGGUGAACGAAGCGUGCAAACAUACCGCCGACGAGCAACUGUCCAACUUCGCUUUCGGCGGAAAGGUAGUCUUGCUAGGCGGAGAUUGGCAGCAGCUCUUUCCAAUAGUCGUUCUCGGAAAUAUACACGAUCAGAUCAUGGCCUCGAUAAAAAAUUCCGAACUCUUCGCUUCGUUCGAGGAAAUCAAACUGACGAGAAACAUGCGGGUCAACGCGGACGAGGUCGAAUUCGUCGAUCUACUGGAGCGUAUAGGCAAAGACGCGGACGGUAGCGGAACGUUCCGCGUUCCUUCCGAAAUGCUCGCCGACGGCGAGGAAGAUCUUAUAAAGUUCGUCUUUCCGGACGAAAGCGCUCUAACGAACGUCGAAGAGGUGGCCGACAGGCUCAUUCUAAGCGCCAGACGCGUCGACGUCAGAGAGCUCAAUCGCAAGAUCUUGAACGUUUUGCCCGGCGAAGAGAGAGUGUACCUCUCCGCCGACAAGUCGCUGGUAGACAAUCCGAUACUCGACGUACACGCCGCCGUUCACGACGUGGUCUACCUGAACGAGGAGAAUCCUUCGGGUUUUCCUCCUCACCGUCUCGUCCUCAAGUCGAACUGCUUGGUGAUACUGUUGAAAAACAUAGACGUGAAGCAGGGACUGUCGAACGGCACCCGUCUGAUCGUAACCGAUAUGGGCGAAAAUUUGCUGCACUGCAGAAUAGCCGUGGGACCGUACCGCGGAAAAACCUGCGUGCUGUCGAUGUUACCGUUCACUUACGAAGACCGUCGUCCCGACGGUACGGGUCUGCACUUCAGCCGAAUGCAAUUUCCCGUCGAAUUGGCGUACGCGAUGACGAUCAACAAGGCGCAAGGUCAAACCGUCACCAAAGUCGGCAUUUUGCUUAAAACUCCACUGUUCAGUCACGGACAGCUGUACGUGGCGAUGAGCAGGGUGCGAACCAAACUCGCGAUCAAAAUCUGCGCUCCGCGCAGCGGCAAGAAUGGACCUUGUACGAUCAAAAACAUCGUCGCUAGAAAUAUUUUCUCCUAAGCCCGGCGAGUCACUCGUGCGAGAAAAUAGAAUAAAUAAAUUUUUUGACUUGCCAAAUAUAUUCGAGACUGUUUCAGAUUUUCGCUGCCGAACCGAACGAGCCGCGAAGCGAACCGAACGGUGUUUUUGCACCUCCGAAAGGGGAUUAUUAAUGCCGAUUAGGUUCGACGACGCGCUAGCUAGACCGGCACGCUAUGCAGUUUCGGAUCGAGUCGGAACACGCACGUAGCGGCGACGAGACUACCGGUAUUUUUGCACCUCCGAAAGGGGAUUAUUAAUGCCGAGCGGUCGAGUUCCCAUAACGUGCGAUAAUUUUCGAUUCGUCCAAAUUUUUGUGCAUCAUCAACAUUGACGUUCCCGAAGUCGUCUCUUCAAUCGCACAGCGAGUUCGAACACGCGUCUACCGAACGAACUUUCGACGAACGGUAUUUUUGCACCUCCGAAAGGGGAUUAUUAAUGCCAAACGUCUUCGUUCUUCGACACGCACUUAAUUUUGACUUGCUACAUAAUUUUGAGACUGAUUUCAGACUGCCGAUACGUCGACGAUCGCUAAGCGGCCGAGUUGAACGAACGCGCUUUCGCAGAAAAGGUCAGACGGCGUUUUUGCACCUCCGAAAGGGGAUUGUUAAUGCCGAACGGCCGAAUUACGACUACGCGCGCGACAAUUCCGAUUCGCCAUCAAUGCGCACGGACAUCCUUAAGACCUGGACUCGCCUCUCUCUCGAACAGUACUGCGAGUCGAACGCCGAACUUCGACGAACGGUAUUUUUGCACCUCCGAAAGGGGAUUAUUAAUGCCGAAAGUCGUUUGUUCUUCGAUUCACGUUCAAUUUUGACUUGCAAUUAACUUUGAGACUGAUUUCAGGCUCGUGCGCAUCGUCGACGUUCGCAAGACAUUUUCACCGAUAUCUCGGCGAGGCAGAUUCUUCGACUCGCCCUGACGAAAAUGUACCACAAUUUACCUUCGGGUAAAUGCGCGUCACAUGCACAAAACCCUCGUAAGCUCAUGAAACACUUCACGGGCCGUGGAGAGGAGGGGGCUUAGGAGAAACCACAUUUUUGUGCGUCUCCCAUAAACUCUUUUCGACUCGUGUAUUACACGAUAAUACAUUGUUGCCACGUGUUACGUCGACUUGUAGUGCAAGUUAGCCGUACUGCGACCGUAUCUAACGUUGUCAAAAACUUACACUGCUACUAUCGUCCAUCGUCGACGAUAUAAACGAUCGCGUGACAUACACUAGCAAUUGCAACACUACUGUCAACUGACUGCCGCUACGUCGAUGUUCUUGACAAAGUCGAACACAAUAUACGAUGCGCAUCAACCGACCAGUCUGUGCUUGCCUGCUAAUUGUCAAACGCGUACACGUGCACCUAGCAAUAGUUUAACGACGACCGAAUUAACGGUCCCGUACGUCCCCCUGCGCACAUUGUCCGACUAUACAAACACGCGCAGAGCAACUAAGAGUUUUUAAGCCACAAGUGUUUGAGCCAUUACGAGAUGAGUUUCGAUUCAAAUCGGAGCUAAAACUUUAAUUUGUUUUUUUUCCUUUACAGUUUUUUUUCACAGUUACAAUAAACAAAACUUAAAAAUUUGUCCAGAUCGAUGAGUACAUCUCGUGCCACAGAGGAAAUUGAUCGACAUUGUACGACUACGAUAUCAUACUUUCGUUCGCAAGUAUUAUUACGAAAGUAAAAUUGCACCUUACGAUUUGUGUAAUUGCGUAAAAUACCAAAAUAUUUAUAACAAUUUUACUUUCGUUCGCAAAAAUUAAUGAGAAAACUGAAAAUUUAAACUAAAAUUUUCGUUUCUUUUUCAGAUACGACAUUCCACCUUGCAUCUACGAGAAGAAUAAUCAAGACUACAACACUAUUUGUACGCAAGUAUUUCUUAAAAUUGAAGGUAAAACGUAUCACAUUUUGAUUAAUAUUUAUAGUUUGCGUAAACUACGUAAAAUUUCAAAUUGUUUGUAUCAAUUUUAUUUUUCAUUACAUAUGUUAAUGCGAAAACUAAUUUGCCAUCUUUUUUUUUACUUCUCAACGGUUCAUUUUUGGUGUAUCUAAUAAUGUCUCAGCUUAGAGUCUAAACCACUUAUGCCGACAAAUUCUAGCAAUAGCAGCAUCAUUGUCAACUGACUGCCACUACGUCGAUGUUCUUGACAACGUCGAAUUAUUUCGAGCACUUGAAAUGCAGCGAGCACGCACUGCAUGUGCCGAUAAACUAUUUUGACACAGUCAAACACAAUAUACGACAGGCAUCGACCGACUACUCUGUGUUUGCUUGCUAAUUGUCGAAACGCAUUGGUGCGAUUCUCAAGAUAUGAAAAAUACAUUACUAACGAACCGUUUUCGAUAAUCUUUUUAAAUUUUUUAUCGCAUUUUCAUACACCAAAUGCUUUAUCUUAUUUUAUUCACAUUUGUGAAUUUAAACUGAUACAGAUUUUAAUUUUUGUAAGGUAAACCAUUCCAUGUUAAUUCAUUUUUUGUUUGAGUUUUUUAGGUCCGUUCUUAUCAUCGAAGGUACCACCGUCUACAAUAUCAGUCUCUAUCUUCGUAACGCAAGGAAUAUAUUUUUUUGAUAAUUUUACGUAAAUGCGAAAUCAUUUAAAUUUUUUUCAAGCUUCACUAAAAAUUGUGUACCGAUGUUUCUUAGAAAAACGAUUUCGCAUUCACGAAUUGUUAACGAUCAAUAUUAAUACAUUUUUUUCAAUUUAUAGAUUCGCUCUUCACGAAUAAAAUUCUGCGCAACAGAAUAGGUACUAUCAAAAAUGGACAGUUCCACCUAAACAGACGACCGCGACCUUACGAAGAAUUCUCACCUGCGAAGAUAAUUAUUAAUCAAUAUUUGAAAUGUAAAUUUUUCUUUAAAUACCUAAAUCAUAAUAAAUGUAAAAUCAAAUUUC